UGUACAUGCGUGAUUAUAGUGAGCUCGUGUAAGAGAAAUAAUGUAUUAAUGUGAUAAAUAAUACUCAAUAAUAUUAUUGGUGUUUCGAUCGCAAUAAAAAUGGAUGACAAUCGUGUUACUACCGUCUUACACUGGAACUACCGCGGUUUUACUGAAUUCCCUCUCCAGACACUUGAAGGCGAAGAAUCCGACAUAACAGAUAUAUACUUAAAAGAAAACCUUAUUUCUAGUAUACCAAAUGAUAUUUACAAACUUAGAAAUUUAGAGAGUCUCUACUUCAGCGGUAAUGAUAUCACAGAGUUGCCUCGCGAAAUAUCGAUGUUACGUUGCCUUAAGUGCCUGGAUGUUAGUGGGAAUAGAUUAAGAUAUAUACCGGAGGAGCUAGCGGAUGCACGGAACCUGAAAUUUCUGAUAUUAGAUGAGAAUGAGUUAUGCAGAUUACCUUUACGACUGGGAGAGUUGAGAACGCUGCGCUAUCUCUCGGUUUGUGAUAACAGACUGCAAUGGCUUCCUCAACGGCCUGUAUUUAAUUAUCACCACUGUGAGCUGAGGUUCUGGAGAAAUGUCGACUUGAAGACCGUUCCCUAUUCACUUUGGUACCACAUGUUCAGAGAACAGCAAACGAGAAGUCUCAAUAUUGGAUGUCUUAAGAUUUUUAAAGGAAACUAUAAAAUACAAGCCGGUAAAUUUUGUCUGAAGAUCCUGAGCGAUUCUUCGAAACACGAUGCAAUAAUAAACGUACCAGGAAACUAUCUUAAUAUUUUACAUAGACAGACGCCAAGACCGGCAAGUCUAUUUGAAUUGAGCAAACGAAAGUUUUACGAAAUUAUUUGUGAAAAAAUAAAACAUUUUAAUGAUGUGCAAAUCAGUAUCUAUUCAGAUAUAUAUCAUCAUUUUGAUGGGAAAAUGAGAGAUAGAAAAGGAAGUUUAGCUGAUAAUUAUUUAUAUUACGCAUCAAAUAAAUGUAUUGAAAAUAACAAUAAUAUACCGGCGGCUUCAAGACAAAGGAAACCAUACAUUGUUCCCGCUGAUAUUAUAAAUGAGUUGUACGACUUUUUGCCAAGCUUUAUUAAAAAUGAUUUAUGCAAUGGCCCGGCAUCGACAUGUGAAAACAUAUCAUGCAGAAAACCAAUAUUUGACUAUGUGUAUUUAGAGUUUUGCAUGCAGAAAAUAAUUCUUAUUGAAAAGUCGGAAGACAUAGUCCUGAGUGCAGCGUUCUGUUCAAAGGCCUGCGCUGAUUCGUGGAAAGCUGAAAAAGACGUUGUUGAGUGGGAAGUUUUAUGACACUAACUUGAGUAUCAUUUAAUUAUCAUAUUUUGUUACGAGAUACACUUUUUAUGUUGCAUCUUACGUCUAGUUGUGCCAAACGAUAAAAUAUAUCUCUGAUAAGUCUUGGUUAUGUGGUUAGAUACUUUAUACGUCUUGAUAGAGCCUCUUGCUUCUAGACGACCGAUAAAAUAGGCAAGGUUUAUUACUUUAGUGUGCGUGACAAGCCACGUCGUAGAUCACUAUGUGUUAGUGUGCGUGCAUUGCUAAGAACAGAGGUUAACUGUCAACCUCAAUUCCUUUCGACGUUUUCACAGCUGUCACAGUCUAUCUAGACGUAUAAAUGAUCUUAGUUUGUGUUAUUUUGGCGUUAAAUUAAAUUUUUAAAUAAUAGAGAUAGAGUUUCUGUUGUCAGAACUUUUUUAUUGGAAAUUUCUUCCGCCUUUUUUGCUAUCUUUUUUGUUCUUUAUGUGUUAAAAAGAAUUUUUGCAAUUUUUUUGCAAUAUUCCAUCGCUCAUAUAUUUAGGAGAUUUAUCAAAACUUACCACAUUUUGACCUUAUUGACUAGACUACGACUAAACCACAGUGAAGAGUGGUUGGAUUUAUCUACUCAUACCUAUUAACAUAAAAUUUGUAGAGAAUUUAACGAAAUGCUUAUAUUAAUUUUUUACGUAGAAAUAUUAUACAUUUGUUUUAAAAUACUCAUUAUACAAUUAGUGUUUUAUAGUUUACGUUCUAUUAUUUCUUGUUAGAUUUAAAUUUCAAUCGACCUCUUAUAUAAUUUCUGUUGUUUUCUUUUCUUUUCUUUUCUCAGUUGCCGUAUUUGUUGAAUGCUGUAUACAAUUUUAAUUGGAUCUGAGGAUCACAUAAAGUAUCUUGUAGUUGUUAUUUGAUGACAGUUUUAUCCCGAUAUCUGGUAUUGUACCCAAUUAUAAAAAGAAAAGGAAAUAAAUCUUAUUAAAAGAUUAAUUUAUUUAUUAAUACAGCUUUACUCACGUUUCAUCGGUGUCGGUACCGACUAGUUUCGCACCAUUCGGAGGUUCUUCAUCAGGGUGAGUGUGUCGCGAACCUACCACACUCAGUCUGAUGAAGGACCUACGUAUUAAUAAAUAUGACUCACGAAAGUUUUAAUAAUUUAAAAGAUUAAUUUUAUACAAAACCUUUAAAUAAUAUUAAACAUUGUAUACAUUAUGUAAAGCCACGGAUACAUAGACAGUAGUAGAGCAAACGGUCGCUAAAAAUAGCGUAGCCAUUGCGCACAUAUAGGGAGUGUCGUCAAUACAGGGCCGGACUAAGACCGCUUAUAGAAUUUUAUCUGAAGAUGUUGAAACACCCAAUAUACUUACAGAAAUUUAUAUUUUCAGGGUAUAAGAGUAGAUUUUUUUUACGAAAUCUUAAGAAAUUAAACUACCCAUCUAUUCCAGUGGGUUAUCGAAAAAGGAGUAUUAUAGUUCUCUCUACUUCUAUUGAAGGCUGGCAUGACGGUAUAUGUAUCGUAUAGAAGAACUAGCCCUGCAGUCAUCAACCCGAAUGCCCAUCUUGUUGAAUCCUAGUGUUGGUAAGGCAGAAUGCUAUGAAUUUUAAUAGGUACAUGAGAAUUACUAUAAUUAAUAUUUAAAUAUUAUUUCACUUGUUUUACUAUACCGCAGUUCUUAAGAUGAUAUCCUUGAGACGAAUGUUUCUCGCUGCAUUCAUGUUUUUUCGUUUUAAAAUAAGAUAAACUUUCACAAUAAUUUUAAUUAACAAAUGUACAUAGUCAUUUGAACAAAAUUAAGUAAUAACCGAUUAUUUAAUUGGGUGCUUCUGAGAGACAAGAUGUGAGUCCAUCUCGGUCAUUAAAUUUUAAUAAAGAGAACAAAAAGUUUAUAGGUUUUCUUUUCAGUUUGUCAAAAAGACUAUACUUACUUAAUUAUAUAUAAUGGUAUUAGAUGUCGAAUGAAAACCAGGCUGUUGGUUAAACAGUUACGAGGUUUUUAGUCGGACUUAUUACGACCCGUUUCGGGGCCUAAAUACGUAAAUGUAUUUUCCUCCUCUCGAAAAAAAAAUAUGUUUGUCUUUGAUAUAUUUAGAUAAGGGCAGAAUUAAAUAAACAGGCUAUGAAAUUCUACAUAGUAGAUAUAUAUAAUAAUCGAUAGAUAUUUAUUAAAAAAUCAUUUUGGAUAAUCCGUUCUACAAUAUAUAUAUUUGUACUUUACUCGAUGCUGGGUGAUCGUUGCCAAUGCCGAGAAUACCUUUACCACCCGUCCCAUUAAAGAAAAAAUAUUAUUUCAUUAUCAUGUUAGUUGUUUAAAAUAGAAUUUGCCGCGUGCCCGUUUGACCCUUCUCUUCAAUGUUUUUAUUACUUACAACUUUGCUAUUUAACUUUUUUCCAUAGGACUAAGAGUUUUGCCGAAAAUCGUUAUAAAACGUUUUUUACCAUUGAAAUAUCCCCUCCCCCACCCUUGCACUUCCCGCCCUCAAAUCACCCGUAAAUUAUUUUUCCUUUCAUUUUUAUUACUUAUAUUCUUUUCCAAUGAGUUUUAUCCUAACAUUACCAUUUUCAAGGCUUCCGCCCUACUGUAAAGCUCAACUCACGUAAAUUUAUAACUCAUUGCCCAUUGUUAUAUAAAUUAGAUCGAUAGGUACAUUAAAGUAAUUAAAUUUAAAUUUAGUUUUUUAUUUCACGUUACUUUUUAGUUUGCUAUCAAUAUGGCCUAACGGAAGUCAAACGUAGGUUUUCAAAUCAGCAAACAUGCUGAGAUGGGACCUUUUUUUGAAUCGUAUGUUUCAGUCUUUUUGUUUUUUUGCUUGUUUAUCUCUAUCAUAAGUAUUAUUUUAUAUUUUUGUAUUUGUGUGUACAUAAUACUUAUACGUUUCAAAAUAAAAUAAAUUCUAAUGUCAGGUGUUGCGAAAAAUAUUUGUUUUAACUGUCUAUUGGGUAUAUAUUAUAUAAUUAUUUGUUAUGUCAGAGAGCUAGAAUUUAUUGCAAUAAAUUUCAGCAGCGACAAGCUAUUUCCAAAUUGACUGUGUGCAGAACGGCAACUAUAAAUCAUUUGAAAUUUGUAUCGCAGUUGGAAUGCUAAGAGGCAAUGCUACUCUGAAUCUACGGGAAAAAGAUUGAUGUUUUAAAGUCUUUCUUCAUUAUUAAUAUUAUAUGCAUAUAUUAUUGCUAUUGUACGAACGUUACGUUUUAAAAUUAAUCACCAUGGACAUGGCAAGGAAUAAGAUGUCAUCCGUGAAUCUCGAUUAUUAUUCAAUUCCAAUAAUUUUGGGAUUUUUCGGGAUCUCGGGAUAAGAAGCCGUUUUAAAGAACUAUCCUUGAAAAAUUAUCAAAAAACUGAUUGCAAAAUGAGGUGAAAAAGUGAUUUUGAUUUUAACUAGUUAGUUAGGCCUAUAACUGUAUGCUGAGUGAUAACAAUUCCGAUAUUCCAUAGUUAACGAAAAGGACGGGAUCGAUUUUUUAAAAUGGAACUUAAUUACCACCUAGCUCUAACUAACAUAAUAAUAUUCUAAUCAUAAUAUAAGCAGUCUAUGAUUUUUGUUUAUUUCUGCUGUUAGACAACCGAUAAAAUCAGGCCAGGUCAUAAUACUUCAGUGUGCGUGACAAGCUACGUCUUUACACUCGCAAUUUGUAUGACACUUUGUGUUAGUGUGCGUGAAUUGCUCUAAAUAAAGGUUAGCUCUAAACUCAAUUUUUUUCGACGUUUUCACAGCUGUCAUAGUCUAUCUAGAAGUAUAUAUGAUUUAAGGAUUCAAAUACAUAGGUAGUAAUGCUGGUUGGCGGAGUCCUCGCGUACCCAGUACUAGGUACAUAAUGUUGAAGCAGCUGGAGUGAUAAUUGGAGCAAAAGAAGUUUCCGAUCAGACUCAAGAAUAAAAUACUCAAGAAAAAAAUUCUACGUAUUUACUACUUUCUUAUAUUUUAGUAUAGUAUAUAUUAUUAUUAUGUGUGUGUAUAUUUUUGACAUUUUUCUUACCCUUUUAAUGUAGGUAGGUACUGUCUUUCUCUUUUAUUGUACAUUUCUAAUGGUUGCCUGGAAGAGAUCACUAUAUGAUUUGAUUUGUUUGAUUUUAAUUUUAUCUGUUUGAUAUUAUUUAUUUAUUAUUAUGAAAUUUAGUGUAUGACUGAACUUAAGCCAUUGUAAAUCAAUGUUAUAAGUUCAUUUAUUACGUUUUGAUUUUGAUUUUAUGGUAAUAAGGCCGCCAUUUGCACCAUAUGAUGUUAUUAUGUAUGUUAGUAGUUAAGUUACAUUUUGUUGAUGUAGUGUCAAAAAAAGUGUAUCUAAUAAAUAAAUAAGUUUUUCUCAA